AUAGCGUUGCAGGCGUUGCUGAGCAACGGACCAGUUAUAUUCACUCUGCGUCCGCUCUCAGUUCACUAUCUGUGGCGGGCCCUCGCGGUAGUCAGUAAAAGUUGCUAAUGCGCUCUGAGUAGCGGCGGUGAAUUAAAAUUUGUAUUAGACGCGUUUUAUUUGUGCGUGAACUAUUAAAACUUUGAAAGACUUGCGUGGUAUAUUCGUGCACAAUGGCUACCGAGGUAAUAAAUACUGUACCGGAGGCUGAGAAGGAGCAAAAAGACGACACGGCGGCGGACAACGGGCAGACAAAAGAGGAAACGCCGGCCGCGGGAGAAAAGACCGAAGAAAAGGUGGAAGAGAAAAAGGCCGAGCCGGCUGCACCGAAGCCGAAUGUGCACAAAAUUAAUUUUGAGCAAGAUCUGGUAUAUUUGUACCAAUUCUCACGGACGCCUUUGUUGCCGUCCACUUCUCCCUACUGCUUGAAAGUUGAAACAUGGCUGCGCCUUGCUGGCAUCAAAUACGAAAAUGUCGACCAUAAGGCGAAAUUCCGUUCCAAGAAGGGACAGCUUCCCUUCGUCGAGUUGAACGGAGAGGAGAUCGCCGACAGCACCUUCAUUAUCAAACAGCUGUCUGAGAAAUACAACAAGGAUUUGGAUGCUGGUCUGUCGGCCGAUCAGCGAGUCGUGACUCACGCUAUGAUCUCUAUGAUCGAGAACCAUCUCUCGUGGGUCAUCUUCUGGUGGCGUGCCAAGUAUCCCGAGAGCGUGCUCAAGGGAUACCAGAUGAAUCUCCAGAAUGCGCUCAACACGCGUCUGCCGAUACCGAUCCUGAACUUCUGCUACAAGUUCAACUCUGGUCGCAAGGGCAUGAAAAAAGCGAAGGCUCACGGCAUCGGCGUUCACAGCCAGGAAGAGAUCAUCGACUUCGGCAACAACGAUCUUCGUGUGCUUUCCGACCUGCUCUCCGAUAAGCCGUUCUUCUUCGGGGACGAGCCAACUCUCCUGGAUGUAGUCGCUUUCGCGAACCUCGCGCAGCUGCACUUCAUCGAUAAGGAUGUGCAGCACGCACUGCGCGAUUCUUUGAACGAGUCGUUCCCGAAUCUCGUCGGUCUGGUGUCGCGCCUCAAGGAGCGUGCGUUCCCGGACUGGGAGGAGCUCUGCGCCCCUGAGGUGCCUCCGCCGCCGGCGAAGAAGGAGAAGGAGGUCAAGGAGGGCACAGGGCCUGCUGAGAAACAACCGCUCCCGGAGGACGCUGAGAAGGGAAAGGGCGACGAGAAGGAGAAGGAGCCGGAAGAGAAGGAGAAGGAGAAAGAGAAGGAGAAGGAAACCGAGAAGGAGGAGAAGGAGAAGUAAGCGCGAAAAUGAGCGAAAUAGUGGUGUGUGGUGAUGGAAACCACUUAACUUAGAUUAUAACAUACAUUAGUUAAGAGCUGGUGGUAAUCAAUUUAAAAUGAAUUCAUCUUUAUACUAAUUACACUUAAUAUGGAAUAAGUGUUAUUUGUUUCUUUCUUGUCUUUAUUUAGAAUUAAAAUAAUUAUAAGGAGAAUCACCAAGUGAAUGGAUAUUAUAUUAUUCUGAAAUCUUUAAAGUUAUUGAUAUGUAUUUAUAUAUUAUACAUUUUUCAAAAUGAAUAUUUAUUGAGGUGAUAAGGGAUGCAAACAACCUAACUUGGCGAUAAGGGAAUGAAGUAAAUGUUAGAACUAUUAUAAUUAUGUAAAAGUAAAUUUCAUGAAAUCUUGUAAUUUCAGGCCACCAGCUCUAUUAGUUAUUUAUUUUCUGUAUCUUUAGCUACAAGUUGAUUAUAGUUUAAGUGACACUCGAAUACAAUUUGUAUAUCGUAAGAGUGUAAAUCCAUUUGUCUUUCCCAUUCUAUCAUUUGACGAGAUCGUCUUUACUCGUUUAUGCCCAUAACACAAUUUUUUUCUAAUAAAGUUAUCCAAAAUUUUAUUUUGCGGUCUUUAAAAGUCCGCGUAUAGACGAACAAACUAAAACUAUCUUAAAAGGAAACGAAGAUAUAUAACGAAGACAGAUUACUCUUAUUUUAUAGUUGAGUUUAGAUACUUGAUUAGAUCUCUAUGAGAAUCAUUUUUAUUAUCAUGCCUCAUGGCACAAAUUUGUAUACUAAACUAUUUUGAGCUUUGACUUUUGUGAAUUCUCGAAAAUCAAUAUUAUUAAUUGAAUUUUAAUAAUAAAUUGAUGGCUAAUUCCCGGACGAAGAAAGCACACCGCGAUACGGCAAAGUGUUCGUUUCUAGGUUCUCUAAAAUUGAAAUUUUGUAUGUUUUUAUUUUUAGUGUGUCAACACGAGUUAGAUCGAAUAGUUACGGUGCGUCGUAGAGGAUAUCACAGAGGACAGUGUCAUUUAAUGAAUGUAUAACUAUUUUGGGUUGUUUUCAUACGAGUUGUUUCUCUUUCUUUGUCUUAAUGAGUAUAUUUUAUACAUCACCUUUCAUUUUAUUUCAUAUCCAUUGUGAUAAUCUCUCGUAGACAAUUAAUCUAAAUAAGGACCAGUAGGAACACUACGUCUUUAAUGAUAAACUGCUAGAGAGAAUAUCGUAAAUUAAUGAUACACUUGGAUUCAUUAUCAUUCAUCUCAUUAUCAUCCAAUCACAUUUUUUGCGAUAAGACGGCUUUAUAAUUUCACGUACUACAAAAAACAAUUCAUGCAUUACGCGCGGUAUGUUAGAAAUACAUUAUUGCAAAAAAUAAUAAUUUACAAUAUUUAUUAAGAUGUGGGAAGACAAAGGACUCCGUCAAAACUCUCUAUUAUAUUAUAAAGUAGAAAAAAUUUCAUGGUUUGGAUUCCCAGCUCGGAAAUAUAUAUAUUUCCUAAAGUCUUGUCGUAGCUAAAUAACACCCUACCGAUAAAGACGGACCGCCAAACUAUUUAACGUUCCAGUACGAUGAGGUGAUCGAGCUCGCUCAAAGAGAGAUUCGACGGCCUCCGUGGUGCAGUGGUAUGUGGGGCGGAUUUACGAGACUGAGGUCCUGGGUUCGAUUCCCGGCUGAGCCGAUUGAGGUUUUCUUAAUUGGUCCAGGUCUGGUAGUGGGAGGCUACAGCCGUAGCUAGUUACCUUUACCUACCGGUAAAGACGUACCGCCAUGCGAUUUAGCGUUCCGGUACGAUACCGUGUAGAAACCGAAAGGGGUGUGGAUUUUCAUCCUCCUCCUAACAAGUUAGCCAGCUUCCAUCUAAGAUUCAUCACUUACCAUCAGGUGAGAUUGUCGUCAAGGGCUAACCUGUAAUUAAUAAAAAAAUAUAGAUAAACUGUGAACUUUUUCUACGAUCUAAGAUUGCAUCGUCCCUUAACAUCAAGUGAGAUCAAUGUCAAGCUUUAAUUCGUCACUUAACCUUAAACAGGGAACCUGGAAUGAACAAUAAUAAAAAAAAAUACUUUUCAGAACCUUCUGAAAUAUUCAAACUGGAUAUGCUGGAUAUAUUUUGAAAAAAAAAAAAUUGUUGUUGUGGGCCUAAAAUUUUUAUAUUACAUUGCGCUUAAUAUUUCUCACAUGUUAACAUUAGAUUAGGCUCGAUGUCAUGUGCCGCCGAUUCUCCACGUUGUCUGAUGUGUUCUAUGCUUGUAAUAGUUGAAUUCCAUGUAUUUCAUUGCUUUGUCCAAUUAUUUUUUUUAUAUAUAUAUAAUUUAAUUUUUCUUUUUAUAACUAUGGUAUAUAAUAUUAAGUGUAAUACGUAAGUUAAAGUAACUCACAGGAGUAGUUAAACAUAUUGUAAUCGAAUAAAUUAUAAUUAUUAUUAUUGAAUGUUAAUUAUAAGAAAUUUAAAGUCAUCGGCGCCAGUUUGCAUUGACUAAGAUCUGCGAACCCUUGUAGUCGAUCGAUUUAACUAAUACACAUAUUUUAUUGUAAUCUGAAAAUGAAUAGUUUACUUGAUAAUCCGAUUCGUACAUUUGGAAGUUGUGAAAAUUGUUUAAUUAAGACUAGGUGUAACUUAUACCAAAAAAAAAUUGUCUGAGGUUUUAGAUAUUUGGAAUGUAUGAACGGCGACAGCGAACUAACGAACGCGCUGGCUAUACGUUUAGAAUGUUUUGAGAUACUUCUACUCUAUUGUUUUUGUUUUUUACGAAUUAAAAAAAAAAAAGAAAAGAAAGAAUUUACAAUUUACAAAUUUUUGAUAUAACGACAACGCCAGGAAGACUGUUUUUUAAUAGUCUGUAAUGUUUUGAUAUUGUAUUAGUUUUUAAGGUUAAGGUAUAUUCAACUUAUAUAUUAUAAUAUGUCGCCCAUUGGUUGGUCCGCGUCGUUGCAUUAUAUUCGCCGUCGUCGCGAUCCUAGUGAACUUUCUGCAUCUAUCGACCAAUAGUAUCCUCUGUUUCUAACUCAAGAUCAGGGAUGAUGACUAGAUUUUAAUACAUUGACUUUUAUGAUACAUUCGGGUAAAUAACGUCCAUGUUAACUAACUAACGUACCAUUUUGUAUGGGGCGGUUUUCAGAGAUCCGCGGCAGAAUCCACCUAGCUCCAAAAGUAAUGAUCGCAGAUAGCCUGUUACUUUUACAAAAUUGCUUUACUAUUAGCAUACUUCUAAAUUAUAUACAAUUUAAAAAACUGUCAUCAUCCCUACUAGACCCUACACUUCCCCUAAACAUGCCCCUUCACACUGGUGUUUCUUCAAUGUUGAGAAAGACAUACUAGACUGAAGAGGUCAUUGAACUUUUCCUACCGUUUUAAUUUGACACAUCCAUUCAUGUUAAACUUAUUUUUGAUUUAUAAUUUGUUGCCUAGUAGUUUAACAACAAUCGUUAUCACAGACUUGUCUAUAAAAAAAAGCGUGUGUCAGUUCCGACGCACGAAUGGAGUUUACUCUUUCAGUUUGUUGUCUAAAUAGUGUAUAUUGCCCCGCAGCUUACACUAUGUACGUCUAAAUACCUACGCCUUAAAAGUGAAAGGUGCGCAACCAAGGAACAGCAGGCCGCGGAAUGCGCGCUCGCACGUAUGUGCACGCUGUUGGCGGCAGCGCACUGUGAAAGGUGCGCUGAAUAGGUUGCGCAUAAAAACGUUGUCAUUCGAUAUAUGAAAAGUCGAUUAAGGAGUAAACUCCAAAAAUCGAGUAGAUAAUUAGUUGACGUUUGAGUUUUUCCAACAGUCGUCAGACCUGUAUAGCAGCAAUGGGGAGCAGAAAGUUUCCACCGGCGCCCAUCACCAACCCCGAUGGGCGUCGUUGAAAUACCAGUAGAUUAUUCAGGAUCUGCAUGAAAGUGGCGGAAAGAUACCAUAUUUGGUCCGCACGACUUGUUACGUUUGUAUUCCCGACAAGUCUCGCGAGUCAAGCGAAACCGCGCCACAAUACGCGGUUUCGCUUGUCGAUCCUUCACGUUUGCGUUACACCACCGAUAGAUGUCAGUCCGUUCGCUAGGCGAUGGACCGUUAGUUCCGUUGUACUUGUAACUUCACACUUCUUAUAUAAAUACUAAAUUCUAGGUUAGUGGGAUAUGUAAAUUUGAUCAAGUCUAAUGAUGUUCAUGAAGAGUAGAUAUCAUAAUAAGUGUUCCGUUUUCCCCGGUCCAAUGAGGCCUGGUACGGAGCACUAAAUGAUAUUAGGCUAAGGAAUAUAUUCGUAAACGUAGACAGCUCGUGGCCGAGCACCGGGCCGGCGGCUAUAAGUACGGGGCGACGCCGCAGUUCGUCCCUCAGUGAGGGUGCGUUUCAGUUGAGUCGAGACUAACGCUAGCUACAGUCCUGGAUUAUCCUUUGUGCUACUUAAGCAAUCACGUCUGGCCUACCACCAGAGACGGUUAGAAAAUUAACGAGCACUCUUUAAAGCUUUUUUUUCAAAUUAAAAAAAAAAAUCCGCACAUUUUAAAUUGACGUUGAGUGGGGUCACAGGUGAAGAUAGCUUAGGGCACCAACUAACCUUAAUACGGCACUGGCUAGUCAGCACGCAGUGAAGAUGUGACCGUAUAUACCAUCAUAACUAUCUUCAUCGUUGUGAGCCAAAUCACCUGACUAUACAAACAUCUCAGACAUAGGAAACGGCUAUCGCGUCUUUGACGACUUGGGUAACUUUUGACACGCCGUCUUUCAAUAAUCUUAUUGGUCUCUUGUUACUAGUAUUUUCUCAAUUGAAACGCACCUGCGGAUAGCAUUUGUUCUGAAAGCGAGCUGCAAUAUUUGUAGUUGAGGAGUGUUUUUUGACAGUAACGGCAAAGGAGCCGCCGACCGACUACGGACGGCGGGUUCGCUACGAUUUUGCAGCUUGCUUGCGAAUUCAUGCGAUCGCACAUAUAGACGAUAAGAAACGGUGAUGUGACGAAUGUUAUCAUAUUAACACCGUUAAUAGCAUUUCGUAUUCGAAAUUAUCACACAUACAAAAAUUUAUAAAAUACAUAGAAUGAUUUUCGUUUUUGAAAAAUAUUAUAAAAUUAGUAAAGUCCGCCUAAAGAUUGUAAUACGAGUAAGUCUGAUUGAUUUGUUAUAAAAUAAAUUGUACAUUCCAAAAGGAUGGUUGUGCGUGGAUAACGUGUUCGUUACAUCACUAAUUAUAAUUAUAAUUAUAAUUAGAUGAGACAUUUCAGUUCAUAUUAAUAAUUUUGAUUUGAAAUUUUUGGGGUAUGGUAGACAAAUAAGUCCCUCCCAACAACUGCUGACCAUCACUGCCAUUAGCCUUGGAUGUAAGAAAAUAAGAUUAGAGAUUAGAAUAAAUGUUGAUGGUCACGCCACGCGACGUACCACUGUCCUUACUCUUACUUCUUAAUUAUAGAUUAUUAGGUGUUACUCCGAUCGCCGUCCACCGCAAGUCAACAACGUUGACAAGCGAGGCGGAGCGCUCGCUGCAGUGAGCAUCCAUCUCGAUUGCGGCUGACGGUCGAACCCGAUCGGAGCCUGUUUCAUAGUAUCUGACGCCAACGCUUGCACGUGCUUCAUUGUCAACGCGCCCAAGCUUCCGCUCGCGACCGUGCGACAUUCAGGGCUCACAUUUUCAUACGACAUUUGAAUCUUGAAGGUAGCGACCCGUGCGAAAGUCAAAGGUAGCGAUCCUGUCGCGGUCGCCAAGAUCGGAAUGCUACCUUUACCAUCACCUAUGAAAAUACCACGUGACCUCAUUCUUUACAAUUCUUAUGAAUUGUCAAGCUUGACGUUACUUGCUUGUGUAAAGGUUUAAACGCCCUAGCGAAUGAGAACCCUGACGCAAAUAUAUGUGUAGCUAAUUAGGAAUAGAAUUAAGGGACCCGACUCUGCGCACUGUAGACGACGCGUCGGGUCGCACGUGGGACGGUAAAGUAGCCAAUGUAUUUGCUGAGAUACAACUCUUUAUUGUCUCACAACUAAAUCUAAAUAUACUUAAUCAGAUUCAAAUUUAUUCGAUGACUCAAUUUGUUUUGUAAGUUACUUAGUGCUAUAUUAUAAAUUAAAGCUAAUUAUAAUUAUUGUAGGUCUUAUUGUCUCAUGUUUAUUACACUUAUUAUUAUUUUUUAAUAAGUAAUUGCUAUUUUUUUUCUAUAUUUUAUCAAUUGUCUUGAUUCAUUACCUUUGGUGGUUUCUCAAUUAAUGUGUCAAUAUUAUAAUUGUAAGUAAUAUUCGUUAGAUAGUAAUGGUUCGCCAUAAAUGUAUCGUUUAAUAUAAUUAUACAACUUAACUGAG